AUGGAGCCCGCAGAGGACAGCUUGGGCACGGCCAUCCGGCUUUCGGAGCCACCUGUCGUCCCGCAGUGGCGCAGCCCCUGGGGACUGCGGGGAGCGCUGUCCCCCGACGUGCGGCGGGAGGCGGCUGCUCUGGCGGCGCUCGCGGGCCCGGUGUUCCUGGCGCAGCUGAUGAUCUUUCUCAUCAGCAUUGUCAGUUCCAUCUUCUGCGGACACCUGGGCAAAGUCGAGCUGGACGCCGUGACACUCGCUGUUUCCGUUGUGAAUGUCACCGGGAUUUCAGUCGGAACUGGCUUGGCCUCAGCUUGUGACACACUGAUGUCCCAGUCCUUUGGAGGCAGGAACCUGAGGCGCGUGGGGGUCAUACUCCAAAGGGGCAUCCUCAUCUUGUUGCUCUGCUGCUUCCCCUGCUGGGCCAUCUUCCUCAACACAGAGCACCUGCUCCUGCUCCUGAGGCAGGAUCCGGAAGUCGCCAGGCUAGCCCAGGUUUACGUGAUGAUUUUCAUCCCUGCUCUUCCUGCGGCGUUCCUAUUCCAGUUGCAGACACGGUAUUUACAGAGUCAGGGCAUCAUUAUGCCCCAAGUUAUCGUUGGGGUCGCAGCAAAUGUUGUCAACGUGGGAAUGAACGCCUUCUUGCUGUUCGCCUUGGACCUCGGAGUGGUGGGGUCAGCCUGGGCCAACACCACCUCCCAGUUUUUCCUGUCUGCUUUGCUUUUCCUCUACGUGUGGUGGAAGAGGAUCCACGUUCACACCUGGGGAGGUUGGACGAGGGAGUGUUUCCAGGAGUGGAGUUCCUACAGCCGCCUGGCCAUCCCCAGUAUGUUCAUGGUGUGCAUCGAGUGGUGGACCUUCGAGAUUGGGACCUUCCUUGCAGGCCUUGUUAAUGUGACGGAACUGGGGGCCCAGGCUGUCAUCUAUGAACUGGCUUCUGUUGCCUACAUGGUGCCCUUUGGCUUUGGUGUGGCUGCCAGCGUCCGAGUGGGCAAUGCUCUGGGGGCAGGGGAUGCUGAGCAAGCCCAGCGUUCCUGCGCCACUGUUCUCCUGUGUGCUGGUGUCUGUGCGCUCCUGGUGGGAAUUCUGCUUGCAGCCUUGAAGGACGUGGUUGCCUACAUAUUCACCAAUGACAAGGACAUCAUUUCCCUUGUGAGCCAAGUGAUGCCCAUUUUUGCUCCCUUUCACCUGUUUGAUGCACUUGCAGGCACCUGUGGCGGGGUCCUGAGAGGUACAGGAAAGCAGAAGAUAGGUGCUAUCCUGAACGCCAUCGGUUACUACGGGUUUGGUUUCCCUGUCGGAGUGUCUCUGAUGUUUGCUGCUAAACUUGGGAUAAUAGGCCUCUGGUCUGGACUGGUUGUCUGUGUUUUCUCCCAAGCUGUCUCCUAUUUAAUCUACAUCAGGAGGACGAACUGGAAUAGAGUCGCAGAGCAGGCACAAGUUCGAGCUGGGUUAAAAAGCGGCAAAGAGACGAUACCCACCCCAGCAGAUCUGCCCAUCUUGGAAAGAGACGCUAUCGAUGGAGUGAUUUUGCCAGACAUCGUCAGACCGGAGGUCCAGACGGGUCCGCUGGUAGCAGAAGAAAGCCAGUAUGCAGUGCCCACCGUCGGGGAGAUCUUGACGGGGAGACAGCUGAUCGUCUAUCGUGGCAUGGCCCUGGCUGUUUCCAUUGCCGUCCUCAUAGCAGGAAUCGUAGUGCGAGUUCUCAAUGAUGGUGGUUAAG